AUGGAUUGGGUGAUCGAGCUCGACAUCGUUGUGCUGUCACAAGAUGGCGCCACGGCUGCCGCACAAGAUUUUGCCACACAGGCCAAGACGCACCUCGAGGCCGGUCUCAGCGAGCGGGCACAGCAGGUGCGGCCAGCAGCUGGCAGUAGGCUCGAGCCCGAGUCCUCCUCUUCCGAGCCCGACCGACCCAGGAGCCAGCGCGAGAGCGACCCGCGCGUGUCCUACGUCUACCGCGUCACCGCCGCCGCCGCGCCCCUCUCUGCCGAUGAGUGGCGCAGCAUCGCACAGGCUGCCAACCUAAGAGUGGCGGACCGUGCGUUGAUCAAGCACGUGCGACCCGAGAAGAGCGGGCGCUACACGCUGUUCGUGCUCCAGGGCGCGGAUGUGCUCGCGGCGGGCCGCGAGCGAGAGUGGGUAGUGGACCCUCGCGGAGUGGCGCAGAGCAUCCAGAAGGCGGUGGAGACCUACCUCGUCACCCCGGUCGAAACGGAGGAGCAACAAACCGCGACCCACCAGUUCCACCAGGUCAGUUUGCCGCCGGCGCCCGAGUAUCGGCUCUCUUUCUCCCUCUUGAACGCCAACUCGGCGCAAGCGUUCUACUCGUGGGCCUUCGACAAGGCCGCGGAGGCUUACCUGCUGCCCUUCCUGAACGACGUCUCGCUGCUCGGCAACUUCUCGAUCGACUCCCAGGUACUGCACUACGUGGCCCUCCCCAAGCAGCCGCUCUACGACGAGCAAGCCAAGGCGUACUACUUCACGCCGGCCAUGCUGUCGUACUUCGUUCACCCGAACGAUCUCAAUUCAGACUUCACCGUUACUUCGGAGGUCACGCUCAACUUCAUGGUCUACAUCCCCUCUCCCGACCAAUCGCCUCUCUACAUUCGCUACGACGAUGGUACGUACUCGGACACGAACGCCUUCUUGAUCCUGCGCACGGGCGGCAUCGUCAUCUUCAACCCCGAAGAGAAGAACACCACGUCGCCUCUGCGCACCCUGGAACCUUCUGAGCUCUACGGACCCAUGUCGGUCUUCGUCGAGCAGCUGCGCGAGCUGCUGGGCGUUCCGGCUGCACUCUUUCCCACCAUCGACACGAAGAAGGGCACCGGCGCACCGGAGGUCAAGGAGGGCUGCGAGGACCUCGACGUUCAGUUCCUGCCCUCACCCUCGGGCGUGUCGAAGUGGGAGCUAGACGUGCUCCUGCGCCAGCGGACCUACGAGAACCUGGUGAAGGCCAAAACGAGCAUCCUCACGCUCUGCCAGUUGGUGAAGAAGCAGACCCACAUGGUGGUGCACGACCACAUCAAGGACAAGCUCCUCUCCGCUUUGCACAAGCUGCAACUCGCGCUGGACCACUUGGAAGGAGACCGAGACGGGUCGGGGUUCGACUACGCCACGGCCCACCGUCACGCACUCGAGGGUCUCAAGGAAGCCGAGAGCGCCUUCUUCGACAAGGAGAUGGUCUCGCUCCUCUACUACCCGCCCGAGCACGAGGCGGCGAUCUACAUUCCCCACUUCCUGCCCGUCUUCUAUCCCAUCGUCGUGGGCCUCCUGUUCGAGCUCAAGACCGCCAUCUUCAAGCGAGUGCGCAAGUGGUGGCGACGACGACAAGCGCCCAGCCCAGCCCCAGUCACGGAAGCCAACGACGAGACCAGCGAGAAAUGA